AUGUCCGACGACGAUGCAGCCGCGGUAAAUGGGGAGCUCUCAUCUGCUGCUGUCAUGGAUUAUUAUUGGAUAGCUGUGUCUGUGGUUAACGUCGAAGUGCCCAAUCAAGGCCUGCUCCUUUUUGAUUGCCUGAUCUCACUGGGCCAAGAGGUGCACGUUGUCUGGGGUCGCAAGUUGACCGGAGCAAGCAUCCUGUACCUGUUGCUUCGCUACUCGGCGGUUUUAAACGCGAUAGUUGUGAUCGUAGCUUUGAGUAAUAGUGCUUGCCAGGCGGCUUUGUGUCUCGUCAUGACCAUUGCGCAGACAACACUCUCAGCAUUUCAUGUAUACGCCAUUCAGGGUGGCCGGUGGGAGGUCGCGCUGCUAGUCAUGACGAUAGGUCUCGUCCCCGUAGCUACCAACAUCUGGGGCCUUUAUGAGCAGAAACCGACCAUUGUCUUUGGUUUCUGCACUACGUAUUGGAGCGCAGCUAUACACAUUGACACGUCAAAUGCCCUCGUGCUGCUCGCAACGUGGAAGGCAACGUAUGGCAUUAAGAGGCUCGCGGAGAGGGCCAAGGUCAAAGUCUCCAUUUCGACAUUGCUCUUUAGAGACGAACGCCUUGAUGCAGGCACAAUUCAAUUCACAAUUCUUCUUGCGCUGAAUUCACUCGUCAUGACUUUGUUCUUGAUUAACAACAACCACGAUAUCACCGGCUCCAUCGACAUGUUCAUGUCCCUGCUUCUGUGCCGCUUCUUCCUCAACCUCCGGCAGGUCCACCUGUCCGAGAGCAGCGUUGUCUCCAUGAACCGCUCCAGCCGCUCCACCCCCAGCUUCGUCUCGCGCGUUGUCGGCAAUCUCGCACGCAUCGAGUGGGCGCGAAAUGAAUCGUGGGAUAGUACACAUGAGACCUACCUGCGCCUGCAUGUGGAUCAAGAAGUCGACCAGAGCGACGAGAUGCGGUUGGCGGAUGAAUCCGAGCAUGACGGUAUAGAGGAAGUUCCCAGGGUCGCAAGGCUACCUCUGCAGGAGGGCCUUGGACUUCCAGAGCAGGCAAUUGAUUACGUUGAGUUGGGCAUAUAG